AGCACCAUCUUCAAUUCAAACCCCAAAAAACUGCUCACUCCACUGCAAGAGAGAGCGAGACACCAUGGCAAAGACGAAGCUGUACAAAGCCGAAGAGUCUUCGGAAGAAGUUAAACCAGAGACAACAAUCGAAGAAGAUGAAGAAGAAGAAGAAGAGAACAAGAGGGAAAAGAAGAAGAAGAAGAUGAAGAAGAAGAAAGAGAACAUUCAUGUGAAGAAGAUCGAAACUUUCAGUGAACAUCCCGACAAGAUCGCCCCUCUCGUCGGUUACUUUCCUUCUGGAUUCGAUCCUCUCAAAGAAGAAUCAUCGACACAGGAGCAACCCAAGGUUAGGGUUUUCAGGCACGAGAAUCGGACCAAGAGGUUGCAACUCGUCGUCAGCCCUAAUGGGUCGCAAGUCAAUUUCGUCGGUACGAACUAUUCGGGUGAGGCCACGGCUCCUCAGCUUUGUAAUUAUGCUCUUGGGGUUCUUGAUAAGGAGUCUCAGACACUGAAGAUUGUCCCUAUUGCCUCCAACAAGAUAUUUAGAUUGGAACCAAUAGUUGCAGGGUCAGAUUCAUAUGAAAAGGAACCUUCUAAGGAAGAACUCAGGGCAGAAGAGAGGGCAGAUAAAAUUAGAGAGCUGAAACGCAUGUAUUCAACAGCGAAGUCAGUAAAGCAGGACAAGAAAAGGCGGACCUUAUAUCGAAAAGAAAAUCCUGAAACUCAGGAGGAGUUGGAUAGGAAAAUAGAGGGAAUCAAGAUAAACAAGGAGGCUCUUGAAAGUGUUGGUAGUCACAAUGCUCGUAAUGUUCCACCCCAUGACACUUCUGCUACUACACCCCAGAUGGCUUAUCCAGUGGACAUGAUUAUUUUCGCAGGGGAGUGGGAUUACCUUGGAGAUAUUCUUGAGCUUUUGCAUGUUGGAGCAGAGGUAGCACCUAAUGUUUACCCAAGCUUUGUUUACAACAGACUUCGUAAGUUGGAACGUAUUAAGGAUGAGGUGGAGAGGACGACGCUUGCUUGUGUGUUCUCAUACAUCACCCAUCUCAUAAAGUUCAAGGACAAACAUUCAUCUGAAGGUUCCUCCUCUGCCAAGCAUCAUAAAAUCCCGAGCAUCUUAGUUCAAAAGUUUUCCACCAUGUUUGCCAAUUCAGAUUCAAAAUGGCUUACGGAUGAGAAGAAAGAUCUUCUCAUUAGUUAUGUCUUGGUUCUUACUCUAAUUGCUGAUGGUUUCCAGACCUACCCAUCAGAUAUAGCUAAGGAUUUGAGAAUGACUACCGUGAACGUCAGACAGCAUUAUCAAAAUUUGGGUUGCAAGUUUCUCCGCACGGGAAAUUCAUCGGUGGCUACACUUCCUGUUCCGCUUCAGUUUCCAAAGCUUGUACAGAAGCGGAGAAGGUAGAUCAAUGAGUAAUUGCAUUUUCGGUCAUGUGACUGUUUGAUUGUAUGCAGAAAAUUCUGGGUGGAAUUUUGGUUUUGUGAUUCAUACAAUUUUUGAUAAUUUUAUUCCAACUUGAUACUGAGUGAUGAUGAGAUUUGAUAUGGUGCUGGUUUGACUAGUAUGAGAAAUAUAUCAUUUUUUAUUAGACCGUUGAUGCGAUACAUUUA